GUGGCUUAUGACAAGCUAUGGCAUAAGUUACGAGACCAUACCAGCGUACCUCGGGAGGUCACGGCUUUAUUUAGGUAUUGGUAUGGCCACCAGUCGAAUACUGUAAAAUGGGCCGGCGUGCACUCUGACGUGUAUAGGAUGAGCUGCGGGGUGAGGCAAGGGGGGUUGAGCUCACCUAAGCUGUUCAAUCUAUACAUGAACGAGUUAAUCGGGGAGCUCAGCAGUACCUAUGUCGGAUGUCACGUGGAUGGGGUGUGUGUUAAUAACCUCAGCUACGCGGAUGAUAUGGUGCUGUUGAGCCCCUCGGUUGGUGCACUACAGAGAUUGGUGAAGAUAUGUGAAACUUAUGCAGUUACCCAUGGGUUAAGGUACAAUACUUCGAAAAGCGAGGUAAUGCAAUUUAAAGCUGGGCCAAAAUCAUACAAAAUGACACCUGUUACCCUUUGUGGUACCGCUUUAAAAGUUGUACAGAAGUUCAAGUACCUUGGCCACUGGGUAACAGAAAACAUGACAGAUGAUGAUGACAUAGAGAGGGAGCGAAGGGCGUUGUGUGUUCGUAGUAACAUGCUGGCCCGCAGAUUUGCUCGUUGUAGUAAUGAAGUGAAGCUAACGCUCUUUAAAGCAUACUGCCAAACAUUCUACACUUGCAAUCUGUGGGUCAGCUUUACGCAGCGGGCAUACAGCGCCCUUCGCGUACAAUACAAUAACGCGUUUAGAGUGCUGUUUGGGCUGCCGCGUUACUGUAGCACGUCAACUAUGUUUGCCGAGGCGCACACCGAUAGUUUCGACGCAAUAAUUAGAAAACGGUGUGCGUCAUUAGUCGACCGUCUUCGCCACAGCCCAAACAGUAUUCUAAACGUGCUGGCGCAGCGCUGGGACUCGCCUAUGUUCGCGCGCUGGGUGCGGCUGCACGCGCCGCCGGUCGCCGCACCACGCCGCUUUUAGUUGUAAAUAAGUAAUUAUUU